UUUCUAACACUUCCUAUACAUGCUGCACAGCCAAAGUCGAUCUCCACUAGUCCAUACUAACAUAGAGUCAACAGGAGGAGGAGGGCACCACUGGAGCAACAGGCAUGUCAGGCAUGGACAACAUGGACCGAGGUUUCUUCCGGAAGGUAGACGUGCCAGACCAAGCUCAUUACAUCGUGGCCUGCUUCGUUGUGGUGAUCGGAGCAGUGGGGGUCGGUGGGAAUGCCCUGGUGAUGUACGCCUUCUUCAGUAACAAGAAGCUCCGGACUCCUCCCAACUAUUUCAUCAUGAAUCUGGCAGUGAGUGACUUCCUCAUGGCCAUCACACAGUCCCCUAUCUUCUUUGUCAACUGUCUCUACAAGGAGUGGGUUUUUGGAGAAACAGGCUGUAAGAUGUAUGCCUUCUGUGGGGCCUUAUUUGGGAUCACCUCCAUGAUCAACCUGCUGGCUAUCUCCAUUGACCGCUACAUCGUCAUCACCAAGCCCCUACAGGCCCUCCACUGGACCUCUAAACGCCGCACCUCCGUUGUCAUCGUCAUUGUCUGGCUCUACUCGCUGGCCUGGAGCCUGGCGCCUCUCUUUGGCUGGAGUUCUUAUAUCCCUGAGGGCCUGAUGACCUCCUGUACGUGGGAUUAUGUGACCUCCACACCAGCCAAUAGGAGUUACACUCUCAUGCUAUGCAUCUUUGUGUUCUUCAUCCCACUGGGAAUCAUCUCCUACUGCUACCUCUGCAUGUUCCUGGCCAUACGCACUGCCAGUAGAGACAUGGAGAAACUGGGCAGUCAGGUGAGGAAGUCCACCCUCAUCCAGCAGCAGUCCAUCAAGACAGAGUGGAAGCUGGCCAAGAUCGCCUUUGUGGUCAUCAUCGUCUAUGUGAUGUCCUGGUCUCCCUACGCCUGCGUCACCCUCAUCGCCUGGGCUGGCUAUGGACGUGCCCUCAGCCCCUACUCCAAGGCCGUCCCUGCUGUCAUUGCCAAAGCCUCAGCCAUCUAUAACCCUUUCAUCUAUGCCAUCAUCCACUCUAAGUACAGAGACACUCUGGCAGAGAAAGUUCCCUGUCUGCACUUCCUGGCCCAACCCCUCAGGAAGGGCUGUAUCUCUAUGUCCAACAGCGAGUCCUCCUUCAGGGACCCUAUGCUCAGCAGACAGUCCUCCACCUCCAAGACCAAGUUCCAUAAAGUGUCCUCCAUGUCCACCGGAGACACAGUGUGGAGUGACGUGGAGCUGGACCCCUACGACCAGCAGAGCCAGUCUCUGAGAAUCAGCCACUCCUCUGGAGCUCUGAGAGUGAAGCAGUGCAGACAGUCAGCCCAGCAGCAGGCAGAAAAAGGCUGCUGUCCUCAAGAGGGGCUCACUGAGCAGCUGUGACCACGACCUAGUGUCUGAAUCUCUGACCAGGGAGGAGGCUGGAGAGGGGUGGCAAGAGGAGGAGAAGACCCAGGAGAGAGCCCCCCCAGUCAGCUCAGGAGGAGGUGGAGGAGCCACCCCCCUGCCGCCCCACCACCAGCCUCCUCACCCCCCAGGUCCCCCAGCACCCUGAACAACAACAAACACAGAGACUCUGAGGUUCAACACAUCAUCAUCAGCCCCUCGUCAGAGACGACGGGGCACUAUACGGGGAGGAACAUGGAGCACAGACCUGUGAGGGGAACA